AACACGUCCAAGGGCGCGCCUGCAAUGGGGAAAUCGGGGGAGGAGAAGGUCGGUGUUUUCGUUGAUCAUGAGAGGUGUACUGUCGAGAAGGAGGUUGUCUUCGUCGAUUGGAAGGGCAAACCAGAGGACGCAAAGAAGCAUGGCGGUCGCCGGGCAGCUGCUUUUGUUUGUGCGGCGGAGGCCCUGGAGAACAUGGUCGUGGUUUCGAACGCGGCGAACUUAGUGACGUACUUCUACUCCUCCAUGAACUACUCGCUCGCUCAGUCGGCGAACAUGGUGACCAACUUCCUUGGGACCUCCUUGAUGCUCUCUCUCCUCGGAGGCUUCAUCUGUGAUUCCUUCCUCAACAGGUUCUGGACGAUCAUCACGUUUGGCAUAAUUGAAUUGCUGGGAUUAUCUAUUAUGACCAUCCAAGCACAUUUCAAGCAAUUCCAUCCACCUCCACAUCAAAGGCCAUCGGCAGCCCAAGCUGCCAUGCUCUACUCAGGACUCUACAUCAUGGCCCUGGGCAUUGGCGGGGUGAAGGCGGCUCUUCCGGCACACGGCGGCGACCAAUUCCCGGACCGGAAUAAGCGAUUGUCUAAUUUCUUCAACUGGUUCUUCUUCAGCCUGUGCAGUGGUGGCCUCGUAGCAGUGACAUUGAUAGUCUGGAUCCAAGAGAACAAGGGCUGGCAGUGGGGUUUUGGGGUAGCCACUGGUGCCAUCUUCUUGCUUCUUGUUGUAGUCAGCCUUGGCCUGCCCUAUUACAGGCACAAGAUUCCCAGUGGAAGCCCAUUCAGCAGAAUCACAAAGGUGCUUGUGUGUUCAAUCAAGAACAGAAACGUGACCUUGCCUGCACACAUCCCUGCAAUCGACCGAAGUCCAAAGCUUGAGAAUCGAUUCAGGUUCUUGGACAAGGCAACACUGAGGGACUGCACUGAUGAUGAAGUUGCAGAAACAAAGAUCUUCCUUGGCCUUCUUCCAAUCUUCUUCAGCACCAUCAUGAUGAACUGCUGCUUGGCCCAACUCUCCACCUUCUCCAUACAGCAGGGCCACAGGAUGAACACCACCCUCUUCCACUCCUUCACCAUCCCCACUUCCUCCCUCACAGCCAUCCCCCUGGUCUUCAUGCUCCUCUCUGUGUCCCUCUAUGACCGGUUCUUCCUCAAGGCAGCCGCCCGGCACGGGCUCACGCCGCUCAAGAGGAUCGGACUAGGCCUAGUCCUGGCCUCUGUUGCCAUGGCCGUGGCUGCCAUUGUUGAGGUGAAACGAAAGGCGCGGCUCGAGGCACCAAUCUCGGUUCUGUGGCUGGGAUGGCAGUACUUGCUGCUUGGUGUAUCAGACAUGUUUACACUGGCAGGGAUGAUGGAGUUCUUCUACUCUGAAGCGCCAGAGAGCAUGAGGAGUGUGUGCACAGCAGGGUCUUGGUGCUCCACUGCAAGUGGGUUCUUUCUUAGCUCAGUCCUGGUCACUCUGGCUAAUGCGCUGAGCUCAGGACUGGGCUCAAGGGAGUGGAUAGCUGGGACUGACUUGAACAACAGUAGGCUUGAGCUCUUCUAUACCGUGUUGGCUCUGCUCAACUUCUUCAACUUUCUGAACUAUCUCUUCUGGGCAAGAUGGUAUUAGUGGAACCCAUCAUUUUCCCUCUUUUUUUUGAAACUUA